UGACACACAAGACGCAAGAAGCCAACAAGACAAGUGAGCGACAGCAGCGGAUAUGGGGAAGAAGCCGUUCAGUGCGAAGCAGAAGAAGGCGCAGCUCAAGGCGCGCCGGGAACGCAGGCAGGCGCGGCAAGAGCGCAGGCUGAAUGAGGAGGAAGGCGAGGACCGACAGACACGACAACUCGAAAAGGGCGAGGAAAAGACGGGCGCCCUGGAGAUUGACAUUGACGCCAUCAUCAAAGCCAACCAUGAAGUCAACAUGGACCCACAGCAAGACACCAAACGGUUUGCGCUUCGCUUUGCCAAAGAGUCACGCGAGGAGCUGGAACGCCGCAAGCGCCUCUCUCGCCAGCCCUUGAAGAUGCUGCCAAAGGAGGAAGGCCUGGAGAUGGACGUGGACACCUUCUACCGCCCCGGGUCAGCGCUCGACAUGCCAAAGCGCCCGGCAUGGAACUACAACAUGUCCAAGGCCAAGGUCCUUGCGCAGGAGGAAGAAGCGUUUCGCAAGUACCUCCAGCGGAUCAAGGAGGAGUUUGCCGACCAGGAGUUGUCGUACUUUGAGCUCAACUUGGAGACGUGGCGGCAGCUCUGGCGCGUUCUCGAAAUCUCCGACAUUGUCUUUCUCGUCGUGGACAUCAGAUACGCGCCCCUGCACUUUCCGCCGGCGCUGUUUGACUUUGUGGUGAAAGAGAUGGGCAAGCACAUUGUCCUCAUCCUCAACAAGUGUGAUUUGGUUGGCGAGCCCACGACGACGGCGUGGCGCGAAUACUUCAAGACGCGCUACCCGGAGGUGCACAUUGCCACAUUCGCCUCGUUCAAGUCCAAGAACGAAGGCAACCCGGCGAGCCGCAAGAAGCAUCGGCGGAAGCUUCGCAUUGCGAGUGGCAUGCAGCAGCUUCUGCAGAUCUGGGAGGACCUGAAGCUGCCUGGCCUUGACGAGUGGCGCAGGAACGUGGACGCGCGGCUGAAGGAGGAGGAGACACGGUUGGAGCAACGGAGGGGCGGGGGCCGCUGGUUGGACGUGGACGAUGACGACGAUGAGGAGGAUGAUGAUGAUGAUGAUGAUGAUGAUGAUGAUGAUGAUGAUGAUGAUGAUGAUGAUGAUGAUGAUGAUGAGGGUGGUCGUGGUGAGAAGAGUGUUGGUGGCUCGGGCAGAACAACGCGGACGCAACGCGACGGCGGUGAUGGCGACGACGAUGGUGCACGCCAUUCGGGCAAGUUCCUGUCCGAGGACCGGUGGGCUGAGGGCGCAGCAGAGAAGCAGCGCGACCAGGACUUUGUCACGAUUGGCAUGGUGGGGCAGCCCAACGUGGGCAAGUCGACCAUCCUCAACAGCAUUGUGGGCAAGACGGUGGUGUCGACGAGUUGGACCCCCGGCCACACCAAGUACCUGCAGACGUACUUUCUCACGCCCAACAUCCGGCUGUGCGACUGCCCAGGCCUCAUCUUCCCAUCCCUCAUGGCAAAGCCACUGCAGGUUGUGUCUGGCCUGUACCCUGUGGCGCAGGUUCGCGAGCCCUUCACGCCCGUGCUGUUUCUGGCGGAGCGCGUGGACCUUGUGAAGCUUCUGCACCUCAAGCAUGACCCUGAUGACGACGAGCCGUGGUCUGCGUGGAGCAUCUGUGAAGCAUGGGCCGUUGCGCGCGGCUUUAUCACCAAGCGCGUGGCGCGCCCAGACGCCUACAGGGCCGCAAACAACCUCCUCCGCCACUGCGUUGAGGGCCGCAUUGUGGUGUCGCUGAAGCCGCCGGGCUACUUUGCCAAGUACGGCGACGCGCCACACCGCGAGCAUCACGAGGGCGAAGGAAAAGGUGACACACAUGUCGACACGACAGCGUGGGAGGACAGCGUCAAGCCCAAGUUUGCCCCGCUCGGUGGCGGCAAGAUCAAGGUGAAGCGCAUGCCACAGGCCCCACCCUCGCUCGCACACGUCAGCCGCGCUAGUGGUGAUGCCGAUGACGAUGAUGAUGGCGAUGGUGAUGGUGGUGAUGUGGCGCAGGAGACAGCGAUGGAUGCAGCAGCACGGAAGAACAAGAAGCGCAAGGAGAAGAAGAAGAGGGACAAGAGGAACAAAGCGAAGCAGCAGCUGGAGUUGCUCAAGCUCUCCGAUGACGACGAGGAAGACGAAGACGAAGGCGAAGAGGAGGAGGAGGAGCAGGUGGUGGCAGCGCGUGGCAAGGGGAAGCAGCGUGGAGGGAAGAAGAACAAGAAACAGCAGCAACAGCAGAAGAAGAAGACCAAGGAGGAGAGUGAGGAGGAGGAAGAGGAGAGUGAGGAGGAAGAAGAAGGAGAAGCCUCUGGCCCCGCCAACCCAUUUGCGCUUCUGGAAGGGCUUUGAUCUCAUUGCGUGUGUAUGUGUGUAUGUGUGUAUGUGUGCAUGUGUGUGCAUCUGCACAGUGGAUUCAGUUGUUGCGUUCGUUCAUUGUGGUCUCAACGUUCAAUGCAGUCGCAACAUACACAAUACAACCGCACAACCGG